AUGGCAGAUGCCAUUAAUAACCUCCUUUCUAAUUUUAAUAUCAAAGACAAAACCUUGGCACUUAUCACAGAUAAUGAAUCAGCAAAAAUUGUUUGUGGAAAGUUAAUUACAGAAGAAUUGCAACAUGAAUUUGAUGAAAUCAGAUUUUCACACUAUCAUUAUGCAGCCCAUGUACUUAAUCUGACUGCAAAACAGAGAUUAAGAAUGGUUUGUUUGUCAAUAGAAAAAGUUCAAAACCUAAUGUCAAAAAUUAGAGUAUCAACUUGUCUCUGUGAUGAUUUACAUGGUCUAUACAAACUUAAAGGAAUUCCAUACUUUAAACCUGAAUUAGAUGUUGAUACUAGGUGGAAUAGUAUGUAUUACAUAUUGCAAAAAAUAAAAAAAAUAGAAACAUCUCUUAAAUUACUUGCAGCGGACCAUCCUUCAAUUGAUUUAUUAUAUCCAAAUAUUAAUGAACAACAAAAUUUAAAAGAUAUGCUUAUUCUAUUAGAACUAAUUGAAACUAUAACAAAAUUACUUUUAGCAUCAUCAUAUCCAACUAUAGAUACCUAUAUUGAAAAAGAAGAAUUUUCUCAGUACUUGGCUGCUACAUCAAUUUGUCAAAAAAUUAAAACAUAUUGGGGUAUAAUGGAUGAACCUUUUGUUGUAUCUGCUGUUCUUGAUCUUCGUGCCAAAUUUAAAAUAUUUAACAAAGAAGAAGCUAUUAAUGCUAAAAAAAUGAUUAAAGAAAUUAUGAACCAAUAUAUAUAUGAAUAUCAACAAACUUUAUCUGUUUCUAAUAAUGAGGAAGAAAGUCUGAUCAAAACUACUCAAAAGUUUUUUUGGAAGUGGCAUAACAAAUCCGAAACUGUAGAAUCCUUGGUUCCUAAUUAUACUAAUGAAGAAUCAACUAUUACUAAUGAAUUAAAUUAUUAUAUUGCAAUGGAAACUAUUGAAGAAAAUACAAUUCCAUUGGAAUAG